GGGAAUCGACAAUUCUCUCAAACCUCGUGUCACGUUUCCCGUGGGCCAAUGGGCGUCCGGUUCGGCGAUGACGCGGUGGGAUUCCGCGAAAUUGUUUCUCGGGAGUGCGAGGACACAACAGCAGCAGCGGCGGCAGCGAAGCAGGAAAAACCAGGACGCGUGUGGAGGAACAAUGAAAAGCACGCGUUAAAUUUGAUGUUUUGGAAGCUGGCGGAAGGAGGAUUGCCAAAACUGUCCCGAAAGUGUUAACUGGCUCGGCUGGUUUUGUCUUGGUCAGAACGUCCCACUCUUUACGGGACAAGUCACAUUGACGCCGACACGUGUGUGGUGGAUGAUCGUGCACGAAACCUCGCUCUGAUCCUCUUCACCGGGAGGGGAUUGCUCUUUUUAUUAACAUUAUUUUUGUAACACUUCCACCAGUCACUCCUCCAGCGGUCAUCAUGUCCGAGGUCUCUGCGGAUUUCGUCCCCGCGCGACCUGCACCCGCGGUCCGGACGGAUGACUCAUUCAAAGAGAACCAAGAGCACCGAACUUUGCUGAUGGUGGCGAGAAUUCUGUUGGACUUGAACAAAUGUCGGCCCGGCGUCGAGGAGAAGCCGGUGGGGGGCGAGAGACGGGCGGACGAGCCGCACGAGUCCGCCGAAAAGAGGCACUGCUGCCCCUUUAGCGGCUGUGGGAAGAUGUACGGAAAGUCCUCCCACCUUAAAGCCCACCUAAGGGUGCACACCGGCGAGCGUCCUUUCGAGUGCACCUGGCCGGCCUGCGGCAAGAAGUUCUCGCGGUCGGACGAGCUGACCCGCCACUACCGCACGCACACAGGCGAGAAGCGCUUCACCUGCCCCCUUUGCGACAAGUGCUUCAUGAGGAGCGACCACCUGACCAAGCACGCCCGUCGCCACGCCGGCUUCCAUCCCAGCAUGCUCCAGGGCGCCAGCGCCGCCAAGAGACGCCGCUGCUCCGUCUCCGCGUCAUCGUCCGAGUCCGGAGACCAAAGCCCUCAGGGGAUGUAAAUGGGGUGGAAGACACACACACACAGACGCGCCUACUCCUGUGUGCCCGCCCUCCUACCUGGGUUGUGGAGGUUUUCUCAGCGUCGAGCUUAAAUUCUUGACCAACGCAACACAUGUUUUUUUUUCUCAAAAUUGUUCAUCAGGGUGAAUCAUUUCUGAAUGUCAGUGUGUGUGUGUGUGUGUUUUUAAAGGUUCCAUAUUUUCACCAUUUAAAACGUCUCUAACAUGUACUGAGUAUCAAAGAAACAAUUUCAUCAAACCCCGAGUGCCCAGAAAAGGUCUUUCUCAUAACUACUUGUGUUUGACCUAGUUUUGUACCCGCUUUGUCCAUGUUGGGCUCGGACCGCCUUUCUUCUUCCUGGUUGCCUCUGCGUUGGUGACUCUGCCUCUCGGCAGAAAGACGUGUGAACGUUUCGCAUUCGUAUUUCACAUUUACUGAAGCACCUUCGAGCCAUGAUGACAUCCCAAAUACUAGAAAAAGUUGCUUUGGUAAAAUAUGGGACUUUUAAAUAAUUCAUAUAACAUCAGGCAGCAUGAUUAAAUAGUGGUUAUUCUAGUCUGCCUAGUAGUUCUGAGGUUUUGGGUUCGAAUCUUGUGUGAGGGUUUGCAUGUUCUCCCUGUUUGUGUGGGUUUCGGUAUGCCGGCUCAGCUCGCCCAUUCCGAAAACGUGCGUUUUAUCUUUAUCGGAGACGAGAUUGUCCAUAAAUCAGCAGGGGUAACACUAGAAAUCGGAUGGCUAAUAUACUAUCCUGAUAUGCAGAGUUGUCAGACUGAAAGGGAAUGAGCGAUAUAAAUAUGCAUAUGUACAGUACAGUCGAGAGGAAAGCUCUAUUUAGCUUUUAGUUAUUUGAGAGAAUUGAGAUAAUUAUCCAGCCAAUGACAAAGUGACUUCAUGUGAUGAAACGCGCAAGUGUAAAAAUGCAUUCAAAAAAUAAUUUCACUUGACUUUGACAAGACAUGCAAGCGGGUCUUCUCACUUGAGGCCUGUGCCUUCUGGAGGUUGUUUUCCGCCUCCUCGCCGCCGUCAAAAUGAAUUAUUACCAUAUUCUAAUCAUCCCGCGGAUAUUCAGCAAUGUAGGGGAUAGAAGGCGACUUGUCGCAGACCAACAGUGCCAGCCAGCCAGAAGCUGUCUAUGUCGACACACUUCUUGACUUAUUUGUCCAUACUUAGUAGAGUAUUUCGUCAGGGAUGUUUCAAUGAACCUUUUGCACCUCCUGGUGGUGAUGUUGAAGCACAGCAGGUCACCUUUUCUACCUGGCUGGGACUUUUUGAUCCUUUCAUUCGUUUACUUCCAUCUUGUUGCGCGUUCGUUCAGUACACUGUGUUUUUCAUGCUCAUGGGUUGAUGUAAUUAAUGAGGUCGAAAGGUGGUUAUACUCCACUACACGAGCCACAAAUAUUAUUUGUAUUUUUUUUUUAACUCUUGCACUGGCUAAGAGUGGAAAUGUUUUGUUUCUCUUUUUUCUUCCGUAAUUGUGGUAUCUGAUUCAAUGUUGGUGCCUUUCAGGUUGAAGCCCUUAUGAUUCUACUGCAAUGAGGGUCACUGAAGACCCCAUAUUAAUGCUUUAGACAUCAUGUAAUAAGGUUUAAACAUUUUAACAUUAAACAUUCUCUUUCUAAUUCUGUACUUUUCUUCAGUCUGACAUUCUGCAUUCAACAUACAUACCCUGCUUUAGGUAUUACAACUCAAUUACCGUAAUUUCCAGCCUAUAAGCCGCGACUUUUUUUU